UUUUACCCGUCUUUGACUUUGAAACAUGGCUGCUUCUACAGAUACAACGUAACAUUAGCACACAGUGUUGUUAUCACAUAUUUAUCUGUAGAGCUACAGUGAACAGACCGACCGAGACAUGGCAGAGAAAGAUGCCGUUAAAGGAAAGGAGGCUCCCGGGGAGAAAGGCUACAGGACCCCCGGGCUGAGAGGAGUUAAUUCAACCACGAUGUUCAGAGCUUUCAACCCCGAACUCUUCAUUAAACCUAAUAAACCGGUGAUGGUGUUUGGAGUGGUUACCAUCACGCUGUGUGUCGGAUACCUGGGCUACAUGCACGCCAUGAAGGAGAACGACCAGCAGCUGUACGAGGCCGUGGACAGCGAGGGAGAGAAAUACAUGAGGAGGAAGACUUCUAAAUGGGACUGAGGACACUGAGCACUGUGUGUGUGCGUGUGUGGUUUAAGGACUGAGUGAUAAAUGAAUAUAAUCCAGCUAAAUUGUGCAAAUGAAAAGCCGAACAUGAAACCUUGCAGAUGCUGAAUGCAGUGACUUCACCUUCUUUUCACGUGUUGGAAACCUGUGCAUUGGAAUCUGAAGAUUCACCACACAGACUUUUGAUGUUUUUAUUAAACAACAUAAAAAAUACAUCUGUGCCGGAUGUCAGCUCA